UCUCUCUCUCUCUCUCUCUAGAGGCAUGGCUGAGGAGCUGGAACCGGAAGAUCCAUUCAAGAAAGGGGCGGUGGUGGAAGUGAGCUUCGAGGACGAGGGUUUUCGAGGCUCAUGGUACUCCGCCACUGUUCUUCGAACGGUUUCCAAGAAGAACAAGAAGAUUUUCUUGGAGUUUCACAACCUCAUGGCCGAUGAUAAGGGGACUAAACCUCUGAGGGAGUUCAUCGAUAUCAUUCUGGUUCGACCAGUGCCGCCUCGGGAGCCGAAGCGGAGUUUCAAGCUUAGCGAAGAGGUCGAUGCUUUCCACAACGAUGGUUGGUGGGAGGGUGUGGUUACUCAUGUCUUGGAAGGGAGCUCUACCAGGUACUCGGUGUUCUUCAGGAGUUCUCGAGAGCAGAUUGAAUUUCAAGAUUCUGACCUUAGGUUGCAUCGCGAGUGGGUUCACGGCAACUGGGUCCCUCCUUUCCAAGAACCACCACUAGAACAUCAAGAACCACCACUAGAACACCAAGAACCACCACCACCGUCCUAAACUCAGAAAUAGUUCUACAGUGCCUGUCUCGCCAUUGUAUCUCUGCUUUUCAUCUUGAUCUCAAAAGAAUCCGUGUUGGUGAGAAAUUUAUUUCAUUAUUGUACUUAACAAUCGUGCAGAGUAAUAUGGAAAAGCUUUUUUUUUUUUUUUU